UUGCCAGUGAGGAGGCGGCGCAGAAGGCAACUUACCAAGGCAGCAAAGUCAUCCAGAUUACCACCAUUGGGACUUAUACAGCUGGGGAGCUGUAGACUGUGCAUGACCAUGGUCGAGUCCCUCCUUGAGACUGUUCCUCCUUCCGAGUGUACGUGCGAUGUUGCGGUCGACGAGGGCGUCGAUGGUCGAGUCGAGUGUCGGGAAGAAGCCGAGUGCGGGUGGGGAUUGGCCACUAUUGUGGAUGCAUAGUAAAUCUGCUGCGCUGAGGGUGGUUGAGAUUGAAGCUGAGGUUGGUGCUGGAAUUGAUGUUGCUGGUGUUGCGGUGGAUUCCUUGGGUUCAGGACGGCCUCACAAGGCGCUCCCCCCGUCCGACUUUGUGGUUGUCUCCCAAGGCUGUUGUAGGUUGACGCAAGCACAUGGUUGGCAUGAUGGUACGCCGUACUCAUGCUGUCCUCUGCCGGCGGCGUUCGAAGCCCGCCCGUGUGAAGGGCAGCUUCGUCAGCCAGAGAGGCUUCUUGCACCUUCUGCAGACUUAAGGGUGGAGGGGCACCUCUUCGUGACUGAUGCAAUAAGGAAUGUGCCGGAGAUGGGAGGUGCGGAUGUAGAGCCGAGCGGACGGUCGAGACUGCCGAAGACAUUGGGGGUAAUUAUUAGAAUUCGGAGGGUGAUCGUGCAAAUUGUGAGAGAGGAAGGCGGGUUAGGGACGGCAGAUGGCAAGGCUGUUCCUGUUGUUCGAGAUUGUUGGGUAGUGAAGGAUGUGUGACCGAAGCGAAGGUGCGAGGUGAAGUCGUCUCCGAAAUCUUCUCCAUUCGCUAGCAACCGUUCUUCACUUGCUUCCAACCAACUUCAGCUUCCCGCGGCGUGGGUAUUAUAGUUGCAAGACUGCAGAGUCCUUUCUCGUCAAACAUUCAUAUGUGAGCCAUGUCGUGUGGAACCAAACUCUUGGGCGUUGGUUGAGGAACUCAGUUCAGACGUUGCUGGUGAUAUAUCGCGGCGGCCGGUGGUUGAGUUGCAGCU